UAUUCGACGCAUAGACUCACCAAACAUGAAAUCAGCUGUUCUGUUCGCUCUUGUUCUUUUCGCCUUGGUAGCGUCUGGGGCAUUCGAGGACUCUGAGGGAGAUGCCGGGUCUCAAGACGAAGGCGUAGAGAAGGAAGGGACAGGUGACGAACUUGACGGUCGGAGCGAAACUAGUGACGAAGCUCCCGCGGACGACAGCGGAAGGCAAGAUGAUGACAACACAACUCCAGAUACAGAAUCAAGAUCCAACGAGCAAAUAUUGGUGACAGCGACUGAGGAGCCGCUCCGUGAUCGGCUCGAGACAUUGAGCAUGCGAGCGGUCGACCCCAGUGCCAUCGAGUCUGAAUCUGUUAUCGCUGAUCUUUCCUAAUAAAAGCGC